AGGAAGAAGAAGAUAUGGCUAAGCGUUCGAAGGCGCCAGUUUUCGCUGUCCCUGCCACCCCUGCUGAUGCCAAUGUCGAGGAGCCAGGGCCGACGUUCGCGCCAGCGCAGGUACCGGCGCGGGCACCCAAGGUCUUGGUAGAAGAUGAGGAAGAAGUCGAGGAGCUGUUCCACUCGGAAGCUUCACUGCAGCUCCGACGGGGACCUCACCCUGUGGUGGUUCUGGGCAUCGCAAUACUGGCCAUUUCCUUCUUCACAGUGCUGGUCACCUACACAUUCACUGCCACCGUGGAACCGACGACGGCACCGCCUGCUGUAACCAUUCGAACCCCGGAGUCGGUACCCAGUGCCGACAAUAACCUCACGGAGGCCGACGAGGCCCUGGAGAAAGAUGAAGAGUACAUCACUAAGGACGAAGAAUAAGGCAUCAGUAUCGACAACACUGUACAGCCAAACAGUAAUGACACUUAUGACGAAAAAUAGUGUGAAGCGAAC